AGAUCUCACCUGUUGGAUUCCUUCUGUCAGUUUGAAGUGUUUGCAUAGUUUACAGACAGAGGACUGAACUGAUCUGGGGUGGACUCUGUGCUCCCACAGCUGCUGUCUUCAUGGAGUCAGGUGCCAUCAGAGGGGGCAGGCUGGACGUGAGAGACACGGCCCCGUCACCCACGGGGGCAGAGGACAGACACAGUGACGUGCAUACGGAGGAAGAAACUCAGGAUGAGAUCAGCAACAUCAGGGCUCAGCUGCAAGAGAAGGUUGAAGAGAUGGAAAACUUUGCUGGUCAUUUGGAGGAAAUCUUCCUCACUGUGGAGGAGAACUUUGGCCGACAGGAGCAACACUUGGAACAGCACUACAACGAUGUGCUUCAGACUUUGUCUCAACGGUACGACGAGCGUGCAGCUGCUCUGGAGGAGGAGAAGAAGAACAAGCUGGAGGCGCUGUACAGUCAGUUGCUGGCCUGUGGUCGGGCGCUGGAUGCCAACAAGGAGCUCAUUGAGAGCGCUCAGGAGAUCUACCGCAGCCAGGACAAGAGGCUUUUCCUCCAGGCAGUUACUCCCGCAAUUAAGAGAAUUGAGGAGUUUGCUAAAGACAAUGUCGACCUCACGCUGUCUACAGAUCUCGAGGUUAACGCGCCACUCGCUGACCUUUCAGAUGUCAAAACCAUGAUGGACUCCAUCAACAUUGUUCCAGCUCCAUCCGCUCCGGUAAUCAACCCUCAGGUGCCAAACUCUGCCACCCAGACGUCGCUGCGUGUGUGCUGGAGUUUGUUCUCUGAUGACACAGUGGAGUACUACGAACUUUACUACAGGCCGGUGCUGGAGGACACGCCAGCAGACAGCACAUGUGCACCACCAGUCAGCAAAGUCACAGUAAAGGAGACGCACUGCACCGUGGUGGACCUGCUGGCCAACGCCCAGUAUGAGCUGUGGGUGACGGCCACCAACACCACAGGCAUCAGUCCAGCAAGCGAGAAGACCCUCUACAUGACAGUGCCUUCAGCCCCGGUGAUCAAACAGAGGGAGUGCAGCAGCUGUCCAGAGGCUGCUCUGAUCCGCUGGGAGUCCGGAAACACAAACCCUGUGGACUCCUACACAGUGGAGCUCCGUGAGAGGACCACUGAUGGCAAAAACUGCAGUACCACCGAGUCUAUAGUAGGUGUUCCCACCUGCCAGUGUCUGAUCCAACUGCAGCCAGGACGGCGAUAUCUCAUCUCUGUGAGAGCGGUGAACAUUGGCGGUUCAAGUGAUAGAAGCCAAGAGAUUGAAAUCUUCACAGCAGGUACGUUCUUCUACCUCCUGGAGGACACAGCCCAUCCGUGCCUGUCCCUCUCUGAAGAUGGCUUCACUAUAUUCUAUGGGCUCGAGGAGCUGCCAAUAAGUGCCAUGGCUUUGGAUAAUAACACAUUUAACAGGUGUGUGGCAGUUUUAGGGGAUGUGAUCCCCGUUCGAGGAAGACAUUAUUGGGAGGUUGAGGUGGAUGGUGAGACGGAGUACAGGAUUGGAGUUGCAUAUGAGGACACAGAGAGGAACUCCUAUCUUGGAGCCAACAACACCUCCUGGUGUAUGAGACACAUUCUCACUCCAUCCAGGCAUAAAUUUGAGUUCCUGCACAAUGGUUGGAGUCCUGACCUGAGGAUUACCGUGAACCCAGUUCGGAUAGGAGUGGCACUGGACUAUGACAGGGGGUCCCUGUCCUUCUUUAAUGUGGAGUUAGAACAACAUCUAUACACCUUCCAUUGUCACUUUCAAAAUUAUGUACACCCGUGCUUUGGCUUGGACAACCCAGGAGCUCUCACUGUACUCAACAACAUGGAAGCACCAGAGUACAUGCUCAUCUGAUGCUGGAAUCCAUGUCCGGGGUUUUAAACACAGGGACAGUCUCAUUUUAAAUACCAGUAAUUAGUUUUCACACUUUCAAACAAGACAACGGGACCUUAAGGAGUGUGUUCUUUUUUUUUUUAAUUUUUUGUUUUUUUAAGCAGCCGUAGUCAUAUUUAAAACUCUUUUAGCAAUCCAGCCGCUGAGUGCUCGACUCACCUCUGACAACUGCUGCUCCAUUUCUGGUCAUUUCUUUUAUGAAAAAUAUAGUUUAGGAAGUUAAUCCACGAGACUGAACAUGGCAGCUGUAAAAUCCACCAUGUACUCAAAACAGUAAAAUUAUACCAACAACCUAACUUUAAUAAAUACACUGUUCAGUUGUGUGGUUCAAAAGAAACUGGUUUGUUAUUUUGAGUUAUGUUCAGACUGCAGGUCAAACAUGGCUCAAAUCCCUUUUUUUGUUUGCUCAUAUGCGACUCAGAUGUGAAUUGCCCCCGACAGCAUCAACACCACAAGCCACAAUGAAUCUUUUUUUGUUGUUUUUAACACAAUUCUGAUUUGGACCACUUACGCAUGUUUUCGUGAAUCAAAUACAAGUCUGAUUUAUUUAUUUUGAUUUAGCUUUGCAAUGCGGCCUGUCUGACUGUUGCUUAACAUUUGUCACCGCAAAUAUCUCCAAGUAAUUAUCUGUCUGAGCCCUUAACAUCCUGAAGUAGUAGAUGAAAUCAAGGUCUGUUCACAAUUCCAUCACUACAGGCUCAAACCAGAGCGUGCGAUGAGAAUUUCCAUUCAUCACUGAUGAAGCUGUUCACACCCCAACUUCCCUGGUCAGAGAUACUCUCAUCAAGUUUCAUCACGCUAAAAAACAAACAUCUGCAAUAUAUUUAAAUUUUAGCUUAAAGUGUAGGCUGGUAUCAAAAUAACUGAGCAGCUAAAUAUUGUUGUGGCUGUGUAUGGUUCACACCUACCGUGAUUAGCAUGCAGCUAAAAUUUGAUCUGAAGACAGUCAUACCAGUGAUGCUGCCCGAACGUCCAUCCCCCCCACUGCGCAUGCUUCAUUUCAGAGCUCAGCAGCGUCAUUUCUGAGCAUCACCAGCGAUUCAUUAUCACCUCGUUUCUGCUUCAAACUGCCCUCCACUCAUCAUCUAUCUCAGUGACAUAUCUGAAACUGGUACAACAACCAGUUCCACAUAAAUUCAGCAUUAUUUCAUAAUAAAAGACAGGGAAGUGACCAGAGCGCAGCAGCAGCAGCACAUCUGAGUCUGACAUGCUGCGGAGCCUACAUCAUUUCAAUGUUAGUAACGACUCGC